AUAAAGGGGUUAAAAAGCUACAGCACAAAGGAUAGGACCGGAAAGGCAGCACGGGCGGUGGCUCGAGUUUCAGUUUGCAUUCGCGUAGCGAGGAAGUGCGUCUGAGCGAGGAAAAGAAGCGUUCGGCUGAAAGACAGACACCCCGCCGCGCACCGCCGCGCAUCGCCAGGCCGUUAAAGCGGUUGAUGUUUAACGAUGGCAAAGGAGGAAGAAGAACAUUAUGGAAAAUAUGGUGAACAAAGGAGGUUUGACCCCACCUUUAAAGGCCCUAUUUAUAACAGAGGCUGCACUGACAUCAUCUGCUGCAUUCUGUUCAUUGUGGCCAUCGUGGGCUACUUUGCCGUGGGAAUUCUGGCCUGGUCUCAUGGUGAUCCUCAAAAGGUGAUCUACCCCACUGACAGCAAGGGUCAGUUCUGUGGACGGUCACCUAACGUGGAGAAUAAGCCGUACUUGUUCUACUUCAACAUCGUGAAGUGCGCUAGCCCUUUGGUGCUCCUGGAGUUCCAGUGUCCCACCAUACAGCUGUGUGUGGAGAAGUGUCCUACUGAAUACAUGACCCUGGUGAAAGCCAAACUGAGCAAGGAAGCCAUGGACGCCUACAAACCGUUCUGCAAGGAAGGAACAGACAUUCAUCUGCUGAGUGUUCCUCAACUCCUGAGGAAGCCCUUGUGCCCGUCCAUGCUCAUCCCCAGCCAACCAUAUGCUCACCGGUGUCUUCCUGCCCUCUCCUCAAAGAAUGGCAAAGUGUCCGUCGAGGGGAACAACGUCACGUUCAAAGAUGAAGACGACAAGACGAUAACCGCUACCGAUCUCCUGGCGGCGGCAAAGAAUGCUAACAGACUUUCGGAAGUGCGUCAAGUGGCCAUGAACAUCUUUGAGGAUUACACACAGUCCUGGCACUGGAUUCUGCUGGGUCUGGUGAUAGCCAUGGUCAUCAGUCUCAUCUUCGUCGUCCUCCUCCGCUACCUCGCAGGAAUCAUGGUCUGGAUCAUGAUCGUCCUCGUCAUCCUGGUCAUCGGAUCCGGGAUCUUAUAUUGCGCCGUGGCGUACAGCAGACUGAAGGGAGAACCUGGAGCCGACGUCACCCUCAAGGAACUGGGGCUUCUGACCGAUUUCUCUGUCUAUCUGCACAUUAAGCAAACCUGGCUGGCAUUCUUGAUAAUUCUGUGCAUUGUGGAGGUGGUCGUCAUCCUGCUGCUCAUCUUCCUCAGGAAAAGAAUCAUCAUCGCCAUUGCCCUCAUUAAGGAGGCCAGCAGGACCAUUGGCCAUGUGAUGUCCUCGCUGUUUUACCCUCUGCUGACCUUUGUCAUGUUGAGCCUGGUCAUUGCCUACUGGGCCAUUACUGCAGUGUUCCUAUCCACGUCUAAAGAGCAGGUUUAUAAAGUGGUCAACCAGACAGCAUGUAACUACUCUAUGCACACUUGCAAUCCCGAGAAAUUCAACGAGACCUACAUCAUGAAAGCGUGUCCAGACGCUGAAUGCCUGUUUGCCUUCUACGGAGGAGAGACCAAAUAUCACAAGUUCCUCAUUUUCCUGCAGCUGUACAAUGUCUUCCUCUUCUUUUGGUGCGCCAACUUUGUCACCGCGCUGGGACAGGUCACUCUUGCGGGGGCCUUUGCCUCCUACUACUGGGCCUUCAAGAAGCCCAACGACAUUCCGGCAAACCCCGUCCUGUCCUCCCUGGGGCGGGCCCUCAGGUACCACACUGGCUCCCUGGCUUUCGGGUCCCUCAUCCUCUCCAUUGUGCAGGUGAUCAGGGUCGUGCUGGAGUACCUGGACCAAAAGCUCAAAGGAGCCCAGAACAAGUGUGCAAAGUUUAUGCUGACCUGUCUGAAGUGUUGCUUCUGGUGUCUGGAAAAAUUCAUCAAGUUCCUGAACAGAAACGCCUACAUCAUGAUCGCGAUUUAUGGGAAAAACUUCUGCACGUCUGCCAGGGAUGCCUUUUUCCUCCUGAUGAGGAACUUCCUUAGGGUGGCGGUUCUGGACAAAGUUACAGACUUUCUGCUGUUUCUUGGCAAGCUUCUGAUUGUUGGGAUUGUGGGAAUCAUGGCAUUCAUCUUCUUUUCUGGGAGGAUAAGUGUCAUUGAAGAACAGGCCCCCACUCUCAACUAUUACUGGGUCCCAAUUGUGACUGUGGUGAUUGGCGCCUACCUCAUCGCGCAUGGCUUCUUCAGCGUGUAUGCCAUGUGUGUGGACACACUCUUCCUCUGUUUCUGCGAGGACUUGGAGAGAAACGACGGGUCAACUGAAAGGCCCUACUUCAUGGAUCCGGAACUCCAUGAGAUCCUCUGUGGGUCCAAGUCAGUGGAGAGCAAGGACGAACCAGAUCUACAAGAAAUGCAAUCUGAACCACAACAGCGGGAGAUGGUGGAAGAAAUCAAGCUGAAGCACCAGCUGUUGCAAAUGCGAGAGAAUGAGGAAGAGAAUGCCCAGGAGACCAUCUUGGAGACCAUAGAGGAAGCACCGCUGGGGACACCUCAACAAACAGACGUACCUCAGGAGAAACCAGCGGAGGUAGCACAGGAGAAACCUGCUGAGAAGCCUGGGGAGACACCUGUUGAGACACCUCAGGAGACACCUGUUGAGACGACUAAGGAAUCACCUGCAGAGCUAGCUCAGGCGACACCAGUGGAGACAAACCUGGAGGAACCUACAAAGAUGACAAAUGAGACGUCCCAGGAAAAGAUAUAGUUGCAGGAUAAUCGUAGGGAUGACCGACGAAUCAAGUUGAUAGAAAAGUAUUGUGGCAAUGCCAGGAAAAAUCAAGGAUGGAGAGGUGUGGUCAGAAUUCAGUUAUCUAUUGGGGUGUGGCUCAGUUUGGUUUCUCGGUGGGGUAGCGGUGGAGGCUCCACUGACGAAAUGCUUUAAUAUUUGGGACCUUAACUGUACUGGCUUUAGAAGGCACUGUUUCGUAUUGAGGAUGUGUAAAAGAGUAGUAGUUGUGAUGCAGAAUUAACCGUGUGCCUAACCUCUAUUAUCCAUUUUUAUUAUUGUAGUGAUCGUAUUUAAAAACAAAUGCAACACAGCUACUUCUAUUAAUGUUUACAGUUGAAAACUAACAACGCGCAUUACUGUCAGUUUACACUGAUACCAGCAAAAGCCAAAUGGUAACAGACUUUGAUACUGUAUGUAUAUAUUAUUUGUUACUUUGAUUGAUUCGUCCGUGUUGUAGCUCCUAGUGAAUGCAUUUAAAGAAAAAUACAAUACAGUGCCACACCUGAUUGUCUUCACAUGUUAGAUAUGGUUUAUUUUGUGUUUCCGUGUGAACUUUGACUGUAAAUCCACCGGCCCUGUCGCCAGAGGUGCUGCCUUCCUGCCUGUCUUUCUCUGUAUCGCAUGCUCGUACCAAGGCCUUUCUUGCUUACUAUUAAAUCUGCCUUUGUAUAUUC